CGAUCGAUUGAUUCAACCAACCCAAGCACCCCACAUAGGAAAACCCUAUAAAAGAAAGGUACGCCUCUUUCAAGGUACCAAAAGAACGGUAGAUUACGGAAACGCUGAGAAUGAUAACCUCAUACCCACUUUGAUAGUUUUCUCUCCUCAGGUCAGAUCUCUCUCCUUCGUUUCCUUCUUCUUCUUCUUCUUCUUCUUCUUCUUCUUCUUCUGUUUCAGACUUCAUGGAAGCAAACCAACGAUGCCAUGUUGUGAUGUUCCCGUGGUUGGCCUUUGGGCACUUGAUCCCAUUCCUUGAGCUCUCCAGGUCUCUAGCAACAAGAGGAUUCAAAGUCUCUUUCAUAUCGACACCCAGAAACAUAAAAAGGCUACCAGGGGUCCCCCUAGAAUUAUCGGCCCAGCUUAGCCUAGUCGGGUUCCCGUUGCCGCCCGACGAUGGCUUGCCGGAGGAUGCCGAAGCCACCAUAGAUGUCGAGCUCGAUACGGUCCAAUACUUGAAGAGGGCCUACGAUGGGCUCAGAGCGCCCUUUGAAAAGUUCGUUGAAAUGACCUCCCCAGACUGGAUCAUCUAUGACUGCGUUGCAUACUGGGUGCCUCAGGUUGCAAGUAGGUUUAGCAUCCCUUGUGCAUACUUUUGUGCCUUCAGUGCUGCAGCCGCAGCAGUCUUUGGCCCGACCUGGCAAUUGACCGGUGAACGGAGCCGGUCAACGCCGGAAGAGUAUGCAGUUGUGCCUGAAUGGAUCAACUUCCCUUCCACCGUCAAGUUCAGCAAGUAUGAAGCCAUCUCUAUUUGUAGCACACUAGGAGUGCCGGACGUAACCGCAAUGUUGGGCUGGAAGCGAUAUGCAACUGUAAUUGAAGGCUGUGAUGUAGUGCUGAUUAGAAGUUGCACAGAAUAUGAGGGGCCUUAUGUCGGCCUUCUCCGGGAAAUCUUUGGCAAGCCGGUCAAGCCAGUCGGCCUGCUCCCCCCAGCUCAGGAUUUUUGGGAACCCAGAGCAACCCAGAUGAACCCAAAGUGGGCUAGUUGCUUCAGCUGGUUGGAUGCACAAGCCCCAAAUUCUGUUGUGUUUGUGGGAUUUGGAAGUGAGUGCAAACUAAGUGUUGAACAAAUACAUGAACUAGCGUUUGGGCUGGAGCAAUCAGGCUUGCCCUUCAUUUGGGCAUUGAGGAACCCACUUGGGCUGCCUGCUCAAGUGGAUGUGCUGCCAGAGGGCUACCGCACCCGGCUUGGUCAACGUGGGCUCGUCUGCAUGGAUUGGGUUCCCCAGGUCAAGAUCCUCGCUCACCCGUCUAUUGGCGGACACUUGUUUCAUUCUGGCUGGGGCUCGAUAAUCGAGUCGCUUGAACAUGGGAUUCCACUCAUUCUUGUGCCAAUGAUACUUGACCAAGGAUUGAAUGCAAGGCUGGCGGAGGAGAAGAUGGUUGGGAUAGAAAUAGAGAGGAAUGAGAUGGAUGGAACGUUCACAAGAGAUGAUGUUGCUAAGGCACUCAGGCUGGUGAUGGUUGAAGAUGAAGGGGAGCCCCUCCGGGCCAAAGCAAGGGAGAUGAGGUCAGUUUUUGGAAAUAAGGGUUUGCAAGAUGAAUACAUUGGUGGAUUGGUUGAAUACAUGAAUGACCAAAGAUCCUCGAAGUUGAUUGCAGAAAGGAGUGGCUCUAGGCAAAGGAAGUGACGUUCAAAUUCUAGCUGCAUGGCUUAUAGGAUCCAUUGCUUUUUAUUGUUCUGAACUUGGUCUAAUUUCUAACUGUAGCUUGUACCUGGAUGUCAACAAUGAAUCCCAAUUC